CCAAUCCCUUUUUUCCAUGCCUUAAAACAAAGUAAUUCAAGAAAAGAAGGAAUCAACCAGCCUGUUUCCAAAAACCCUUAUUAGCUAUUAGCUGUUUCUCAUUUUCCCUCAAACAAAGUCCCCUCUAUAUUCUCCCUCUCUCUAAACCGACACUUUCACUUUCUCUUUCAACGCUUUCAUUUCAACAACAAAAUAACCGACGCUUUGCAAUGAGCUCAAUAGUUCAAACCAUUCAACAAAGAACAACAAAGAGUUCAUCACUUCCAAUUUCAUCAUCAUCAUCUUCUUCAGAUGAUCAACCAAGUUUACGAAGGCGGCUUUCGUCGCUUUCGUUAAAUCUUCAUCCUUCUUCAAUCUCUGCUUCUCCGGCAACUUCAUGGGCUAUUCACCGGUCCAAGUCUUUAUCUUCCAUGGGAGAAAACGCGGGAAGCUCGAUCAAGAAAUGGUGGGAUUUGGGCUGGGCUUGGGUUUUGUCUCGAAAGCCCACUUUUGUUCAAGAUCUGGAAAUGAAUGAAGAAGAGAAACGUUUUCUUGGGUUUCAAAACAGGGGAAGUUUAAUGCAUCUGUUUUUUAAGGUUAAAUCCGAGGUUAGGAAGCUUCUUAGAUACGAUGAUAUGUCUCUUCCUCAGACUUUUAAGUAUCAAAAUCAUAAUGGCUCAAUGAGAAGAGGUUCUACUCUUGGUUGAAAAUUAUUAUUAAGAAAAACAGAGUAUUGCUUGAUUGAUUGAUUAAAUAAUCUGAUCAAGAUUAAUUCUUUAUAAUGAAUAAUUGAUGUAAUUUUUUUCAUGUGAUAUUGUAUGCGUGGAGAUCUGUGCAAACAAGAUGAAAAGGAUGAGAGGAAGAUUGAAUUCAGAAAAUGGUGGGUGUUUUGGAGGUAGGAUUUUGAAGGGUACGGUAUAUAGAAUAUUAUUAGUAGUGAUUAAUAUGAUUGAUAUUACACGUUAUUAUUUGGUUAAUUUUAUUAUUUGUUGAUUUUUUUUUUACAAGUACAAGUAUUGUUUUUUGGGUAGAAUUGUUUGGUAAUUUGUAACAAUGUAUGUACAAGUAAUUAUAUUUGAAUGUUUUGUUGUUUCUUUAAGAAUGGGUAAUAGAAAGAAGCCAAUAUUAUUUCUUCUC